UGCGAGCAAGAUAAUGGCGAUGUUGUACAACGGGUUCUGCAACGUGUCUCCCGACCCUCUGUCCUCAUGCGCGACUUCGCGCUUGGGGUGGAUGGAGGGAUGAUAUACCCGACCUUCACCUUGGUCGACACUGGAGCCGCCCCUCUCCUAGGUCCGGACGCCAUCCUCGAGGAGGAUACCAGGAUAGGGCAAUGCUGGCGGACUACUGUACCCUGCCAAGUAGGUAUCUCUACGCCUGUCCUGAUCUACCCUUCGAACAUUACUAUCGAUCAUAUCCCCCGAGAAAUUGCUGCUGAUAUUCGCCGUGCUCCUCGGCAUAUGAUACUCUGGGGCGUAGUAGAUGGAGACAUGAACAAACACCGGCUGCACACAUUAUCUCCAUCUCUGACAUCUCCUCGCAUACUAUCCGGACAUUCUCUCAUCGCACUUGUGGAGUUUGAGUACGAUAUACAUGACAGUGCCCCGAUUCAAACAUUCCCGGUUUUUGAUUAUAUCGCGCUCUCUGGGAUGGACUUCGGUAUCUUCCUCCUAGAUAUCACGGACAACUGGGGUGCGUCAGACACAUGUAUAUAUCGUGUUAGGAUUCAC